AUGGCGGAAGCAGAACAGAAGGAUAGCUCACCAAAGUCGCUUCCAUUACGACGCCAUUCUGAUGUGCUUGUUACUACUGGUACUACCUAUAGCGCCACGACUCCGAAUUCAUUAAAUGAAGGCAACUCUAUCACUUCUCAUCGGGAAUUGAUUAUCCCGUCUUCUUCAGGAGGAGAACAACAAAGUCCUAUACUAGAUUUGGUCCAUCCAAUUUCAUCGGGGAAUUUGGCGACGACUUCACAAGAGACACGGACAAGAAAUUGUAUUAGUUGGUGCACUGGGUUGUUUAACUUUAGAAACUCGCCUCAGGAGACCGCUGAGAAUCUGUCUUUAUUACCAGUUUAUCAUGUCCGAUCUAAUACAUCACCUAUUGACUCAGCUGGAAUAGCAAGCAAUCUAUCCGAGUUCAUAAGAAGAUUGUUACCAGGAUUGGCGCGAGAUCAAUAUCCAAAUACUUUCUCUUGGUUGUUGGCAACAUUAUUAACAAUCGUAUUGAUUGCAGCUACAUUAGGUCUUUACUUUUCAGGCAAUUUGCUGGGGCUUCUUGUUCUAUUCAAAGCUUUGGUUUGUUCAGUUUUCCGCCAAUUCCAACCUUCAGAUGUUGCUUUACCACUCUUUUGCAGAAGCUAG